AUGAAUAUUCCAAGUUCAACUGCCUAUCAAGCAGCAUCAGAUAAUGUCAAUGUAUUAACAUGUGCAUAUCAUCCAACAAUUGUCGGUGAUCAUAAAUGUUAUCGAUGUCAAAAAAUUAUUUGUUUACAAUGUUAUACUCCACGUGGACCAGGAUAUGGGUUUUGUCCGCAAUGUCAUGUAGCCGAAAAAGGAUGCUGUGUCAUUUUAUAA